AGAUAUCGAUUUCAGUCUUGUUCGCAGACGCCUUGUCGGUGUGCUGUCCCAGCCGAACAGCCCGGUAGUUUCCGUCCACUGUGACUGAAAGCGAAAAGCAGAGAGAGCUGGAAGAUGAGCGCCGGAGCGGGCAUCGAUUACAGCGUCUGGGAUCACAUUUAUGUGUCAGACGAUGAAGAUGUGACCAAUCCGUACGUCGACACGCCGAGCUUGUUCAGGAUGAGACACCGGUCCCGGCUGGAGAAAAUGGUUGAGUUUCAGCAGAGAGGGGAAGAUCUGGAGACUAACUUUGCAGAAUGCAAGAGGCUAUUAGAGGAAGCCCAGGGACGGCUUAAAGAGCUGGAAGAAGGAAGGAAGGAGGGAGAGGAGGAUGAGGAGAGAGAGGCUGAGCUGAACAAAGUCCAGGCCGAGGUGAGAAAACUGAAGAAAGAUGAAAAGUUGUUUGAGAAAAUGAUCGAAGAGCACCGACGAGAGGAAAAGAAACUGCCCUGGAAUGUUGACACUAUCAGCAAAGAAGGUUUCAGCAAGAGUGUACUCAACAUCAAGCCUGUUACAAAAGAGGAAACGGAGAAGGGAAAGGUGGAGAAGCAUAAGACCUUUGCGGAGAAGUAUGCGAGGGAAAUCAAACACUUCGGUAUGUUGCGUCGCUGGGAUGACAGUCAGAAGUAUCUGUCAGACAACCCACAUCUGGUGUGUGAAGAGACGGCUAAUUGCCUUGUUGUCAUCUGUAUUGACUUUGAGAUAGAUGAGAAACAUGCACUGAUGGAGCAGGUGGCCCACCAGGCCAUCGUCAUGCAGUUCAUCUUGGAUUUGGCUCGGACGCUUAAGGUUGACCCCAAAGGCUGCUUCAGACUAUUCUUUUCAAAGAUCAAGACUGCAGACAAGCCAUACCAAGAUGCAUUUGACCAUGAGCUGGAGUUGCUGAAGGAGCGAGUCCGCAGCUGUGCUCAGAUUCGUAUGGAGAGCGCUAUGAAGGAGCUAGAGGAAGAAGAGAGGCACACGAGACUGGGCCCAGGUGGUUUAGACCCUGUGGAGGUCUAUGAAUCUCUGCCAAAGGAAAUACAGAAGAGCUUUGAUGAGAAGAACAUUCAGAUGCUGCAGGAAGCUAUCAGCAGACUGGACCCUGAGGAAGGAAAAUACCACCUGAGGAGGUGUAUUGACUCUGGACUGUGGGUCCCUGACUCAGGAGAGGGUGAUGAUGAAAAGGAAGAUGACGAAGAGGAUGAGGAUGAGGAAGAAGAUUAAUAAGAGAAGGAAAAACAUAGAUGAAUGGCAAAAAGCAGUGGGAAAAUGUUUGCGGUGACAUCAGUUGAACUGACGCGCCUUUUCUUUGCCUCCAUUUUGACCCAGAUAAUCACUUUAACAGUCCUUGUUUGUUUUUCUUUUUCAUUAUUUUUAUUGGGAUUUUUGUUUCCAUUCAACAAAACAAAACAAACAGUAUCUACAAACACUAGACAGAACAAAUACAACAGCUCUUACAUGAGAAAUGAACAUGUAGCAUAAUACAAGAUACAAGAGGUGGUGGAUCAGUCUUUCAGUGGAUCAGUCUUUCAGUCCUUGUUGUUGACAAGUCCAACAGUGUGCAAGCACUGCUUCAUACAUUAUGCACACACUGUAUAUGCAUAUUUAAUCAGCAUAUAAACCAACCAUAAACCUUUUACAGGCUCUUUCAAUUUACUUGUUCAAACAAAUAAACAAAAUAACAACAGUACAAGGAAUCUUUGUUUAGUAAUUAUGGCAUCAAUGUUGCUACAGUCAGCUGAUUUGAUUGGAAACCACCUAUUUAUUUUGUUUUAAUUAUUUAUUUAUUAUUUAUUUUCAAAUUUCAACACUUACUCAGUACAUAUUGUUAUAUGCCUUUACAGUGGACUGCCGUGUCUUUACUUUUAAAAUUGUUGAUAUGCACUCCUCUGUGAGUGAAGACAGCAGCUUCAAAGAUCAGUUGAGAAAUUGGCUCUGAUUUAUGCAACUCGGAUAAGUAAUGAUAAAAAAUCGGAUAAAAAAUCUCCCAAUUUUAUUUAAUAAAAAUAGAGAUGGUAUGCCAUCACAGGCACUUACAGAUCAAACAAUAUCCUGACGGACUGCAUCUGUUGUCAUACUGUGGUCAACAGCGCCACCUCAGGUUUGUUUGGAUGCACAGCCCACAACCUAAACCAGAAGCCUGUAUAGGGAACACCAGUCCAUCUAAUUACCUCACUUGUCGUCUUUGUAUUGGUGAAAUGUGAGCCCACUGACUGAGUAGUUUCUGAUCAAUAGCUGAUCAGCUGAUAUCAGUUACCUGUGGGUUGAGUGGAGUAUACUCAUUCAAACGUUCAGACUCCACGGUUUUUCAUUCUAGUAUCUUUGUGGGCCCUCCUCACAUGAGGGUCCUGUAUACCCUGUCCCCUUUUUCUCCCUGGUCCGAGGCCGUUGUUUCAGAGACUCUUAAUUAGAUUUAAUUACAAUGAUAAAUUUGUGUAUUACAUGAUUAGGGUUGCAACGUUAAUGUACGGAUUUCUUAUGAUUGUUCGUUGAAACAUAAGAUAAUUUUUGCAGUGCUAAAAACAAAAUAGGAUGUUUGCAUGCAAAGUGACUUAAAUGAUUAAUCAAAUAUCAAAAUCCUCUGUCAAUUGACUUAAUAAACCAAUGUGUAAGAUUUAGGGAGAGUUUUUGGCAAAAUAUGGCAGAAAUGUAAUAUAGUAUUUGUGUGUUUUCAUCAGUUUGUAACUUGAAAAUAAGAGUCGUGUUUUUGUUACCUUACAAUGAGCUCUUUACAUCUACAGAGGGAGCGAGACCUCUUCUGCGGAGUCCGCCAUGUUACGCUCCAUGUUUCCAGAGUAGACAGAUAAACCAAACACUAUACUCUAGAGCGUGUGUCCCCUCUUUCACGAGUUUCUCAGUGAGCUCUCCUACUCGUUUGGAAAGGGAGGGAUGAGGCAAGGGGGACUCGCUCGGUUGCCAUUUGCAACCUCGUCGCUAGAUGUUGCUAAAUCCUAUAAACUGGUCCUUUAAUCAAUUAGUAGAGGAAUCGUUUCCACUGUAAAUCUGAUGUGAAGUCCGUCUGAGUGCAAGUCCAAAUGAAAUGGUUUUAUUGUUUGUAGCUUUGUGAUGUAAGCCUUGUUGCCGUAUGUAAGAGUUUUUGUGUGUGUUAUUUUUCAAGAAAUACAUUUUAUUUUGUUAUCGUUGACGUUAGACUCUGUUUUUGAAUUGGGUUGUAGAACUUGUACAAUAAAUCAGGCUUAAUUUACUAGUGUUUAAUUUAUUAACUUUUCCACCAGUUGCAGUGAAUCCAGACUCUUUUCUGCCGUACUUCUCUCUCCAUCUCUCUCUCUGUCUCUCUCACUCU